UUUGGACUUGAAGGCCAAGGUUGCCCAAUGGAGAAUCAAAAAAUGGCAACUUCAUCAGGUGGAGGCUCAAUCGAAAUUCCUCUCAGGGAUACUGAUGAGGUAAUUCUUUGAUUAGUUUGGCGUUUUUUUUUUCCUGCAUUUUAUUUUUAUGUGAUGCAUCAUAAUCAUGGAUCAAACCCUUGCCACAGUGAACCAUGUUCCCUGGUUUUAAUAUUAAGAUCUUGACCGCCCUAGUCUUCUAUUGCUUCCCACAGAUACUACUUACCAGCUAAGUGCUAUUUCUUAUUUUUAUACCGUUUUUUCUGUUGUUUUGUUCGCUGACGAAGGCUUUCUGCCGACACGUUCGCUGUUUUGUUGCGUUUAUUUUUUCAGGUUUAACCCUACUCUGUUUUACUCAUUUUAUUUUGUACUAACCUGAUUGCAGUCUCUCCCCUUAUGCCUUAUUAUCCCGUCCUAGUCUAGGCCCUCCUACGCCUACCCAUAUAAAAAUAAAUAGUAAAUAGUGAUUCCUAGACAUUAAAUGGAUUAAUUUGUGUUAUAGUUCCACAAUAUACCCAAUGACCUUUAUAAAUUAAUGAGUGCUCAUUAACAUAAAUAACACUCAGUAGUCAUGUCUCCCUACAACAGAAAAUCAAAGCAGGAUGCUGUUGGUUUAUGUGACCAUAUUUGGCAUAUUCAUAUUCAUAUUGCUAAACUUAAACUUAAACAAUGUUUGGCCUAAGCUUAUUUUAUCCUCAUUAAGCCUAAUCAGUUAUUAUACAGUUUCAUUUAACUAAAGUAACAAUAUUUUUUUUUUAAUAUGCACACAUUGUAUGCAGUAAAACUUCUUAUGGUAAUUAUUUAGACCUGUAUUUUAAUUUAUAAUUUUAUUCAUAAUAAUUAGCACUCACAAAAUGUUUACAGUGGAUUUUAUUUUUACUGCACAUCGUACUUUUGCCUUGGCAAAGAAGAAGCUGGGUAACAUUUUUUUCUGACUAUGAUCCCCUUCCCCCCAGUAUCAUACAUCUAUCUAAGAUCUAUAUUAGGUCUAUAUUAUAAAUUAUAUAGCAAUAUAGCCAACUCUGAGCAUGGGGAAGGCUACAGCAGAUAGUGUUAAAAUUUUAAAACAGUACUGUAUAUUUUAUAAUUAGUGCCGAGGUGUUGUCACUAGUAAGGGGCGAUACUUCGCCAGCCUAGCCUCAUUGAAAGCAGAUUUUUAAAGCUAAGAUUUUGGUUUGAUUUGAUCGGCUGGACUACCAAUAGCUCUCUAGAAGCUAUUGGUAGUUUACUACAAAUAGCUCCCUACCCUAACUAGAAGCUAUCAGUAGUAAACUAUCAAUAGUGAAUAUUUGUGGUAAUAGUAAUAGGCAAUAUAUAGGACAGGGUAAUAACUUUUUAGGGCAAUAAAUUUAAUUUUUUUUAAAAGUGCCAUUGACCAUUGAGCCCAUUGUCAAGUGCACAUCUUCAUAAGUGCCAUCAAGUUUUUUAAAUUAAAAAACGCCCUAUAUGCCUAUAAAAUAUUUAACUGAUGGAACAACAUUAAAAAACUCCAAUAGGGCAAUAGUUAAAGAAAAAGUAUUUAUUGUUUUCAUUCCAAUUAGUAUGUCAUAAUAAUAAUAUUAAUAAUUAAUAUUAAAAACUACCGUAUUUAUUGGUGUAUAACACGCCCUGCGUAUAACACGCACCUCAAUUUAUGAAGGAAAUUUCAGGAAAAAAACUAAACAUUAUAUCACGUAUAACAGGCACACAUGAUUUUCCCCUAUUUUUGGGGAGAAAAAGUGUGUUUUAUACGCCAAUAAAUACAGUAAUUAGAAACAAAAGAAUAAAUGACUUGUAUUCUAUAAACUAUUCUUAUGUAUUUUAUUUCGUUUCAUAGGGUUUUGAAAAUAUGAUAACAUUUUUUGUACAAAUCAAUAGAUCAAUAACAGUUUAUUUAUUAUCUAUUCAGCCUUUGGGGUAAAAUUUUUGCACUUUUUAACUGAUCACUGUAAAUCUCCCCCUCCCCCUUUUUUUUUUCCAACACAUACACACACACUGAUAGUUUUUGUACCAGGGAAACUGGGCCCUGGCAAAAGAUGUGAAGCAUGAAACUGUGCUAUGUAAUAAAAUUUAAAAGCGCGACCAAUGUCCAAGCAUUGAUUCACAUGUCAUGGUUCAUAAUGAGCGGACUAGGGAAAUGUAAUGAGUGACCAGGGAUUUCAAUUUGAGAUGCAAACUGGAGACAUGACGGGUGAACGUGAUUUGGAAGGUCCUUAACACUAUUAUUACGGUUCAGCUAGGGAAGAAGAAGAAUGACUGUGUGGCAUAGCGAGGGUUAUUGCCAAGAAUUUGCCACUCCCUAACACAAAAUUAAAAAUACUCUUCUGUUGGUCGAAAAUGUAGCCCCUCCAUAUAAAAAAAUGUGUAUACCGCCCACUCUGUUGCCCAACUGCUAUGCUAGUUGGAUGACUUUUUCUUGGUGGAACUAAUUUAAACUACAUAACAUAAAGGAAAAUGGUUUUUGCAUACUUUUAUCUGCUUCCAUUUUUAGCUCUCUUUGGGUUUGACUAGUUUUUAAAAACAAUAUUUUAUUUUGCUACCCUGUAUAAUCAAGACAACAGUAAAAUAUGUUCCAAUACUUGUUAUAUUUGUUAAAUCUUCAUUCCAAUUCACAAACAGUUUAUUAUCAAAUUCAAUUUGAAAUAUAUACCGGCUGUGAGAGUUCCUGUAAAUAUCAAUAGACAUAAUUUAAUCUUAAUAUAUAAUUAAUAAAGAUAUAUUAAUAUAUUUCUUUGUCCUUUUUUGCUAUUCUAUAAUACUAGUUUAUAAUAUUUUUCAUUCGUAUAUCAUGUCUCAGGUUAUUGAACUGGACUUUGACCAGUUGCCAGAAGGAGAAGAGGUUCUCAGCAUUUUAAGACAGGAAGUCGCACCCCUUCAUAUAUGGGUCACAUUGGCUGUGAGUGAUUAUUGACAUAAUUUUACAUUAUAACUUUUGAAAUUUUAAAUAUUUUAUUGAUUAUUGUUUUAUUUACAAAUGAUGAAAAUAUUAAAAAGAUAAUAAAUAGUGACAAUGUCAAUUUACUACCAGAUAUUCCAUUCAUUUCUUUGUUUGUGUUUGCAGUUGGAGUAUUGGAAACAGGGGAAGCCAGAUGAUUUUGUGAAAAUUUUAGAAGCAUCUCGUACAGACUCUAGUUUGGACUAUGCAAAUUUUGAGAAAGAUCAGAUGCGGUCCUUGGACACACUGGCAGCCUACUAUGUGCAGCAAGCACACAAGGAAAAAAAUAAAGACAGGAAAAGAGAAUUGUUCAUGAAAGCAACUCUGCUAUACACAACAGCUGACAGAAUCAUCAUGUAUGAUCAGGUUAGCUCCUGAACUACAAACAAAUAAAUGUUAUAUAUUAUCAGUCUUAUUACAGUACAUAUAUUUAUUUUAUUAUUCAAAAAAUAAAAAGCUCAUAUUUUUAAAAUUUUAUUUCCAAUAAAUUUGUCAAAAAUAUUUUCCAAAAUAUUUUCUGCACAGAAUACUAAUGAGGUUGGAAAAUCUUUUUUUGCACAGAGGGCAUCAUAGAUAUUAAUUUAAACUUUUUAACUAGUAGUCUGGAAGGUUUUUUGAGCAAAUAUUAAACAUUUGAAAGGGCUAUUUGUUUACCACACUUGGUCUAGAAUAAAAAUAAAUACCUUAUUUAAUGAAGUAUGGCUGUAGCAUAUUCAGAUCUGCUUUAUUUCAUGAUAGAAUCACCUACUGGGCCGUGCUUACUUUUGUCUGUUGGAAGGGGACAAGAUGGACCAGGCAGAUGCACAGUUUAACUUUGUCUUAAAUCAGGUAUAAUUAUUAUACUUAUAAUCUUUUUUAUCUGGCAACAUUAUGGUGAAUUUUGGCUAUUUUACAAUAAUUUGUCUUCCAAAUAGACUUAAAAAGCAAUAUUCUUUUAAACUUAAAAAAAAAUAAAUUAAUUAAAUGACUUCAACUGUUGUAUCCCAGUGAUUAAAUUGUAUAUGACUUAUUUUUUUUUCAUACAAUAUAGGCUCUAUUUUUAAUUAUCAUAAUUCAAAAACCACCCGUUCUUUCUCUUACUUAUUUCGCUCUAGUCAAGUAACAACAUCCCCUCAUUGCUUGGGAAAGCUUGUAUAGCUUUUAACAAAAAGGACUACAGAGGUGCAUUGGCGUAUUAUAAAAAAGCACUGCGUACCAAUCCCACAUGUCCCGCAUCAGUCAGGCUUGGCAUGGGUCACUGUUUUGUCAAGUUGAAUCGCUUGGCAAAGGCUAGGUAACUCUUUGCUUACAAAUAAAAUUAAAAAAACAGGACACUUUCACUUAUGCUUUUGACAUAAGGGAAAUUAUAUAUUUAUCUUCUGUAUUUAAUGGAUAGUUCUCGCAACCAGAAUUACUGUAGUAAGGCACCAAUGGCAGUUUGGCAUGACAUGAAAGUUAAGCUGGCCAUAAUUGUUUGGAAAAUUUAGUAACAGUACUUUUUCAGUUUUAAGGGGAUCCACGGGUCACAAAAUAAUGGAAAUUUGAAAAAAAUAUCGAUUCUUCAAAACUUGGAUUUUCUGUUAGAUUAAUAUCUUUAUUAUCAUUAAAUAAAGUAAAAAUUAUGAAAUUAAUUAAUUUUAAUAUAAUAAUUGUGAUUUGAAGGGGUUGGGGGUCUAUGUUUUUGUUCACACCUAACCCCAAAUGACCUAUUUUUCAACACUUGAUUGCGCGGAAACCCCCGGUUCGAUUCUAUCAUGUUUGGUAUCGUUAGAAAGCUUAUCACCGCAUAAAGAAUGCCAUUCCGAUGACUAAUUUAUCUAAAAAUAACCAUUCACGUAAAAACCAUGUGUAUCACGUGUACACAAAAGUAGAUGAUUGGCCAAUUCGUAGCUAUAAACAAUUCUCUGCAUUUUGAUUGGUCCAUGUCCGCCAUUUUCCUAUACGGAAGCCGUGACCUUCCACAUUUUCCCCUGACGACGUGUAAACAAAGAGAAUGUCUUUUUCGUCGAUUCGAAGUGAAAAUUUGCUUUACUGUUUUAGGAUUUGAUUAUUUUUCAAUUGAUUUCAUAAAAUAAGGUAAGAUUAAUUUGUAUAUGAUAUUUUUAUAAUUGAAUUCGGUAUUAUUAUUUCGUUCAUUGGUAAUUUUGUGGUCUAGUCUUAGGACGCCACUGCUAGACCGAGUCAGUAAACUUAGUCAAGUCACACGUGAACUGUGUAUUACAAACAUUAGACCUGUUGUACUCUCAUUACAAACUAAAUGUACAUAUUAUAUAGUAAUACUAAAAUAUUUUAAUAAUAGUUUAACGAUUUACUUCUGGUAGGCUACACUAUACUAUAAUUAAUUGUAAUUGUAAUCAUACCAUAAUACUAUACUAAAAAUAGUACUAGUACUAGUGAUAGUGCAUCUCAUAUACUCAUACACCACAUGGGGAGACACAUUUGAAAUAUUUAUAGGCUAUAUAGGACUAUUGAUAAUGACUGGAUCUAUUUUACAAUAUACAGGCACUGUACCUAUUUAGUUCUUAUUGGGCUUACUAAAUUAAAAAUGUUCUAUUUAUAAUAAUAAUAUUUGGUUAUUUUCAAUUACAGGUACGUGUGUUCAUUCUUGCAACUUUUUUUGACAUACCAGUUGCUUUGUUUAUGAUAUUGUUUUAUUUUUAUUGACAAUUUUUUUAUUUCUCUAUUGCUAUUUCUUCAGUGUUAUGCCUCCAACUAAAGAAUUGACAAAGAGUACUGCUUCAAGAUCUAAGCUGAAGAGACAUCGACAACUAUGGCAAGAGCGGCCAAGUCGAAGAAGAAUGAACUCUCAACCAUCGCUUUGUCCCCUCCCUGCCAGUUGGACAACCACUCUGUAGCAGAUAUUCAGGAUAUACAACCCGAGUCAUUUUGGGACAGGGACAGUCAUUUUGCCGGGUAUGCAUGAAAGCAUGAACUUGGCUUUUUUUUUGCUGCCACCGACAGCCCCAGCGAUUCACCUUCGCCAACAAUCUAUGUUGCUAUUUAAAGUUUGCUAUACUGGACUGCAAUGUGCCUCUUGCAGUACUUAGUCUCUUCACCUUCUACAGGAUGAGAAAUAAAAACUGUAGACUUGCAGUAUAUUUGCUGUUUUUUUUGUGCAACCUGCGAAGCGGUAAAAACUGAGAAAAAAUUUGAAAGUGUCCACACUCUAAACAGACAGGCUGUGGCUGCACCAUUUGCAGACCCAUCUACUUGGAAAUACAAGGGACAGUUUCUGCAUCUAUAAAGCCCAGAGGUCACUAGAAAAUAAUGAAGUAUUUGGAAGGAGGUUUAAAAAAUAGCUGCAGAAAAAGAAAUGCAGAGUUGAGUUAGAGUAAGGGUGGCCGCAAGAAAUACUUGAAGGGGCUGAUUUUUUUAUGUCGUCUACUAAUAAAUUAAAAAAUAUAUCUUCCAAUUUUUAUAAAUUAUGUAGUAUGCUAUUUUUAAAUCAUAAUGAUAAUGUUGAAAUAAUGUUUUUGGUAUGCAAAGUAAUUUUUUUUGGAAAUUUAAAAAAAAAAAAAAAAUUUUGCCGCGGGGAGGGUGUUGUAUAUUUGUCACUGAAAAUUUAUUUUCCACAGGUUUACAUUUGUUUUUUGCUUAUUAACAUGCCCAAUGAUUUUUAUAUUGAAUAAGAUGAAAUUUAUUUGCUUACAUUAUGAAUAAGACUUAAAUUUCUUCCAAAAAGAGUUUAUUUUCUGUUUUUCUCAAAAUAAAAUUUUUAAGGUAUACUAAAUGUUAGGCUUCAUUUUUCUCAAAAUCUACCUGUUCAAUUGUUUUGAAAUUGUGUAUACUUGUUUAAAUAUGGCUUAAGAUUAUAGUGACAGAGCCGUUUAGGUUAAAAAUGAUCAUGGAAAAAAAAUAUUUUUAUUGAAAGUGAUAUUUUUAAAGAAAAAGUUGCGCGGCCAAACAAAAACUAAACAGCACCAAAAGGACAUGAAAAAAAAAAAUUGGCUAUCUUUUUACCCAAAGUCUCAAUGUUAUCAUAUUUAGUAGGCUUAUGGCUAAUUAAAUGCAAAAUUUGAGACCUGUAGCUGCUGUGGCUUUUAUAUAAAACCUUUCCUAAGGUUCCCAUGAUUUUACCACCUCGACCCCAAAUAUGCUCCGCUGAAGGAACAUUUUUUUAAAUAAUUAAAUUUGUCCACCAUAUUUUACUUAUCUAUGCCCAUACAAAUAAAUAAAAAAACUUUAAACAUGUUAAAAUGUUAAUAAUUUAGAAAAUGAAAAUGAAGGUAGUUAACCCCCUUAAUUACAUUGAAAAGGAUUAAAAACAUUUUAUGCUUACUCAAAUGCUCACAAAGUAAAAUGUGUUUAAUGUUUAGAAUGGCAUUUGAGAGGUCCCUCCAGCUUGAUCCGAACUGUGUCGGAGCUCUUGUCGGCCUUGCUAUAUUGGAACUCAACUCAAAGACUCAAGAGUCUAUAAAAAAUGGAGUCCAGCUGCUUUCCAAGGCCUACACAAUAGAUUCAUCCAAUCCCAUGGUUUUAAACCACUUGGCAAACCAUUUCUUCUACAAAAAGGUUUUCUUUGAUUGCACUUUUUUUUGUUAUCUCCAAUUGAAACUUUGUACAUAAUCUAUUUAUUAUUAUUUUUUUAAAAUCUUAGCUUUCAACUACAAGAUUAAAAAAUGUUUUUUUGCUAGAAUAUUUAAAAAUUGUUGAGUCUAGAAAUUAAAGUUUAAAAUUUCUGUGCUCCUUUCAGUCCCUUAUGGCCAUUAGUAGUUAAUGAGUUUGACUAGCACAGGACAUAUUAUGAUUUCUUCACGUCGGUGGCAUGCAACUGAGAAAGUCCUCAGACCUAUUAUUUCAUUUUGGUAACUGUUUUAAAGCUUAAGACUCUUUCUUUUGUUUAGGACUACCAAAAAGUUCAGCAUCUAGCACUGCACGCCUUCCACAACACAGAGAGUGAGGCCAUGAGGGCAGAAAGUACAUAUCAGCUGGCCAGGGCUUUUCAUGUCCAGGUAACUUAUAGUUUAAAAACGUGAACAUCUUCAUGAAUUAGCAACAUUUAGCUUUUAUUUGUUUGUUCAUUAAAAAAUACUUUUAUAAAAGAAUUGACAUUUAAACAAAAUCUUUUACAAAUGACUUCUUUAGAAGAAAUCUCUUAACCCUUUCAUUGCCACUGGGUGGUGGGGGGGAGAGAGGCAUCGGAUUUUGCUGAUACCAUGAUAACAUUUUUUUAAAAAGAAGACAUUUUCUGUAUUUUUCAUUCUCUAUCCCAUUUGCUUAUUAACUUCUCUAUAGAUUGACGAAUAAAGAAAUAUAUAGCAUUGAAAUAUGACGUCCUUGGUAUUUCAGAAAAGUUCUUUGCCUCUUUGUUAUGACGACAAUGUGACGUCCUUUGUAAUUGAAAGUGGGUGAUUGUGACAUCACGUUGACGUUAUCGGUAGCGAAGUGGUUAAAAUGUUGGUUUUGUUAGUUUAAUUUUAAAACCAUCGUUUGUUAAUUUUAUGACAAUAGUUUGUUAAUUUGACGAGCAUAGAUUGUUUGUUCCGUCCACAGGAGGACUAUGACCAAGCCUUCCAGUAUUAUUACCAGUCUACUCAGUUUGCACCUGUGAACUUUGUUCUGCCAUUCUUUGGCUUAGGCCAGAUGUACAUCUUUAGAGGGGACAAUGAUAAUGUGAGACUAAUUACACAAUUACGGAAUUUAAAAAGAAUUUUAAAAAAAUUCUGCUGGCAUAAUCUUACUACACCUAUUCAGUUGUUUCCUCCAACUGAAUCUAACUGUAUAUGAUCUAAUCAUCAGUUCUAAUCAUUGUUGUAUUAGGUUUAUACAGGGGAAGAAAUAAUCUUGGUUUCUUUUGUCCUGUUUUAUGGCAGACAUUAAAAAGCCAUGCAAAAUAUUUUCAAGUUUUUUGUCCAAAUAAACAAGUUAACAAUUCUCAGAUUGACAAAAAUAAUUUUUCUGAUUUAGGCAGCUCAGUGUUUUGAGAAAGUCUUGAAAGCUCAACCAGGCAACUAUGAAACCAUGAAAAUAUUGGGCUCACUGUAUGCCAGCCACGGUGACCAGGAGAAAAGAGACAUAGCAAAAGUGAGUUGAAACAAGCUCAAAAUGAAACAACUAAACAACUUGACUCGUUAACAAAAUUACACAUUUUUUUAACAUGGACCAAUCCUAAACCUAACACUUGAUGCAGGCGUAACUCUCCAUUGUAUAAUAUAACACAGUUUUUUUUUCUAAUUUUUUACAUUUCAAUUUGCACAUGCUGUAAUAUGAUAAAAUUAUUUUGUUUUUUGUACGGUAGCAACAUAUGAAAAAAGUUACGGAACAAUUUCCUGAUGAUGUUGAGGCUUGGAUAGAAUUGGCCCAGAUUAUGGAGCAGACGGACGUACAGGUCAGUUUCAAUGUUCACUCAAUGUGAUACAUGUCAUAUUUUAACUGAAGUCUUGUUAAAUGCAGUUCUAAUGUAAAGGCAAAAAAUUAUUGAUUGGAAAUAAAUCAUUUGAAACUUAACCCUUUCCCCCUUGGAGUCGCCGAUCCUCGCGCCUACCGAUAGACAAAGUCGCAGAGCGUCGCCGAUUUUGGGUUGUUUCGCUGCAGAAACGAUCCAACUUUUUAAGUAGUUAUUAUAUGUUUUCCUAAACUCUCAAAUAAAAGAGCUAUAAAUUAAAUAUGCUUCCUUUUCGUCUUUCUUUGAUUAUUUUUGGACGAGUCUUCUGUUUUUGACAAUUUUUUUAAUUUUAGUGUUUUUUGUGGAUUUCUUUUUCAAAAUGGAUGAUGUUCUAAGGAUGUUUAGGGAUGCUACAGGGUACGAUUAUGAUGGGAAUAUAUAUGAUUUAGGGGAUAAUAAUGAAAUUGAUGAAGGUGAAAGUGAUGAUGAUGUUCCAAUUGAACAGUUAGACCUUAGUGACACGGAUAAUGACACUGAUAACGAGUCCGAUGAUGCCGUAGACCCAGACAACAUAGACCCAAUAGGUCCAAACAUCGUAGGCCAGUGGGAUAACAUUACAGCUGCUGUGGUCAGGAAAUUCAUUGCAGAUAGUGGCCCUAAACAUGAUUUAGAGUCAUAUGCAGAGCCAUUGGACUAUUUUAGUUUGUUACUACCAGAAGACUUUUAUACAACAGUAGUGAACCAAACAAAUCUGUAUGCUGAACAAUGUCAACAAAGGACAGCUAAAGUGGACAAAUAUUGGAAGCCUGCAACAGUUUUUGAAAUAAAACUGUUGUUUCACAUUUAUAUAAUUAUGGGUAUGCAUGUUCUACCAGAAUACUCUGAAUACUGGUCAACAGAUGAUCACCUCUAUGUCCAAGGGGUGGCUUCGUGUAUGAGUAAAUCACGCUACGAGAAGCUGUCACAAUACUUACAUCUAAGUGACUCAUCUCUAAAUCCUCCCAGAGGCCAAGAAGGCCAUGACCCCCUACAUAAAGUUAGACCACUUGUAGAACUCAUAAAAGCUAAUUCAGCCUCCUGUUAUACAGCAGGCAAGAACAUAAGUUUAGAUGAGGCAAUGAUAGCUUACAGUGGGAGACGGGCAAUUCAGCAACAGGGUACCUUCUUGAUUUCAAUAUAUAUACUGGAAAGGUGAAAGAUGACAUGCCUCACGGACAUAUUUGUGGACAUUAUGAUGUUUCUAAGCUGGGGGAAAGAUUUUUAUAUAAUUAUCACCACUUCUUCUUUGAUAAUUAUUUCGUUGAUUCAAUUAGCUCAGGAUCUGUUGGCAAAUGAUACUUAUUGUUGCUCAACACUAAGGCCCAAUAGAAAAGGAUGGCCAUCAGAAUUUAAAGCGUCAAAAAUAAAAAAAAUGAAAAAAGGAGACAUUCAAGUCAGGCAAAAUGGGAAUCUUGUGACCACAGUCUGGAAGGACAAAAGAUGUGUUACGCUGCUAAGCACUAACACUGCUCCAGGGAUGUCCACAGUUUCACGUCGUGCCCCAGGAGGUUGGUAUGAAGUGACUAUUCCAACUGUUGUGGAUGUGUACAACAAAUCCAUGGGGCGUGUGGACAAAUUGUUUCAGUUGUGUUCCUACUAUCCAAUAGGAAGAAAAUCUGUAAAGUGUUGGAGAUACAUAUUUCGAUUUCUCCUUCAGAUUGCGAUUGUCAAUAGUUGGAUCCUGUCCUCCAAUUCUCACAGACCACAUCCAAAAAAAACACGCUGUCCCAUAAGGAGUUUCGCUUAACCCUUAGCUCAUCUUUGCUGAAAGCCUUAGCUCAUCUUUGCUGAAAGCCUUGGCUCAUCUUUGCUGAAAGCCUUGGCUCAUCUUUGCUGAAAGCCUUGGCUCCUCUUUGCUGAAAGACUUAGCUCAUCUUUGCUGAAAGCCUUAGCUCAUCUUUGCUGAAAGCCUUGGCUCAUCUUUGCUGAAAGCCUUGGCUCAUCUUUGCUGAAAGCCUUGGCUCAUCUUUGCUGAAAGCCUUGGCUCAUCUUUGCUGAAAGCCUUGGCUCAUCUUUGCUGAAAGCCUUGGCUCAUCUUUGCUGAAAGCCUUGGCUCAUCUUUGCUGAAAGCCUUGGCUCAUCUUUGCUGAAAGCCUUGGCUCAUCUUUGCUGAAAGCCUUGGCUCAUCUUUGCUGAAAGCCUUGGCUCAUCUUUGCUGAAAGCCUUGGCUCAUCUUUGCUGAAAGCCUUGGCUCAUCUUUGCUGAAAGCCUUGGCUCAUCUUUGCUGAAAGCCUUGGCUCAUCUUUGCUGAAAGCCGUGGCUCAUCUUUGCUGAAAGCCUUGGCUCAUCUUUGCUGAAAGGCAACAUCAUUUGGAAGUGAAAACCAACAAGUCAACCAGCUUCUCAAGGAGUAGGGACUGCUGAUUUGCUUGAGCACCGGCUGAUACGGAUGGUUGGGAACAAACGUGCUUUUCACUUUUGUUCAAUCAAUAAACAGUCUUUAAAAAGAAAGAGUUCACAUGAGACUGUUUAUGGGUGUCAUUUGUGCCAAGCUAGACUGUGUAAAGGAGAAUGUUUCUCAAACUUCCACGCAAACUUGAUGCCAACUUCUGUCGCCAACACUUCUAGUCAAAAUUAAACAUUUUUUUCAUUGUUUUUUUUAGCCUUUUUUAUAAGAAAUUUUAUGUAAUAUUAAACCUUGUCCAUAUUUCAUUUUAUUUCCAAAGUUUGACUUUAAUCGCUUUAAUAGUUUGGUUUUUUUGUGAAUUAUAAAAAAUUGUAUGUUGGAAAUUUUAUGGAGUUGUGCCCCUUUUCUCAAGGAAAGACUGUUUGUGGCUCAGUAAUGGCCUAAGGGCGAAAGGGUUAAUUUUCUAAAAAUAGGGUCAGAAUACAAAUUCAGGGAAGGUACCCAUAUUUUUAUGAGCUAACUGUUAAAUGUAUACAUCUUGCAGGGGGCUUUAUCAGCCUAUGGAACAGCAACCCGCAUUCUUAAAGAGAAAGUCGAAGCUGAUAUCCCUCCAGAAAUAUUAAACAAUGUUGCAGCAUUGCACUUCAGGCUUGGUAAUUUUGAAGAUGCAAGGGUGAGUACUUGAUAUUAAAACAUCUAGGACACAUGCUCAAAAUUUGACAUAGUAAAGCUAACAAAUGUUGUCUUUUUGAGAUACAAAAAGGUUCAAGUAUGUAAAGUAGAUACAAAAUCUCUUAAGUAUUUAAAGUAGAUAUAAAAGUCUCUGUGUAUGGAAAGCACUUAUCUUUUGUUGGCUAUCACUCACUCAUUCUGUGAUAUAGAAACAAAGUCAGUGAUGAGUACGUUUUUUAAUCCUAGCUUUUCUAUCUCAGUUUGGAAGGUUGUUGUAACGCACCACAUAUAUAUAUGUGUUAUGUGUGUCUGGAUUAUGAUGACCUUACUUGCAAUGAUUGACGUGGAUUACUUAUCUUCAAUCACAGACGUCCAUUAAUAGUUAACAGUAAAACACGACUUAUAAUUUUUUCAUCACUAUAUAUUUAUUACUUGAAUACAGCACAUCACAUGAAAUAAUAUCUCUGAAGAUCAUAGUAAAUAUAAGUUUCACAUUUAUAACUUCUUCGGUACACUUGACAAAUCAAUAUUAAGAUAUUGAUCAAUAACUAGAAUGAACAUGGCCAGUGCCAAAAUAUAUGAAUCCCUGCAGAACAAUACUGACAGUUACUUCUGUCCCUUAAUUCCUAACUUCCUGUUAUUUCUAUUUUACAAAACAGUUCAUUAUUUUACGAAACAAAAUUGGUAUAUGAGUAUUAGAUCUGUGACAGUUGUAAAUAAAAAAAUAAGCAGAGACUAACUAGAAGUACUGUCUGCGGUUCAGAAACCUAUACACAAUGUCUGGAAGAAAGAUAGAGAGGAGGUUACUGAUAUAUUUCAUGGCAUCUUAAUAUUUGUUGAUUUGUGACAGAAAUAUUAUGAAGCGUCACUGGAGAGAUCUAAAACUGAUGCACAGCAUGAUGAGACAUAUUACAGCGCCAUCUCUGUCACUACAACGUACAACCUGGCCCGAUUGUAUGAGGCCCUUCAUGAAUAUGACAAGGCUGAUAAGUUUUACAGGAACAUCCUUAGAGACCAUCCCAACUACGUUGACUGUAAGAACUCACUUAAUGUUAACCCAUGAACUGUCAUAACGGCUGAUCACUGGCCGUUAUGGAUGCUUCUGUGGUUUUACAGUCGAUAUAAUCAAUCAGCCUCUACAAAAAUUAAUAUAAUAAAUGCAAAUCAGAAGUUUUAAAUUUUUCUUUGAAAUGGGGGAUUAUAGUAUAACCCCAAGUAACUUUAUAUUUUCUAAACUGAAAGAAUAAUUGUUUAUGUGUCUGAAAAACAUAUUUAGAUGAUAAAAGGGAUGCAAAAAUCAGUGUCAUAUUCAUUUCACAUAAUCCCAACAUUUAAUUUCAUAUGAUUCCUUGUUAAAUUUACUCUCAAAAUAUAUAUAAUAUAUAUACUGAUAUGGGUCCCUGGAUUUAUUUUCCAUUAGUUUUAGUUAUUUUAGUGAUACUUAUCAAAGUUACUAAAAAAAAGUUUUUCGACACCACAGCACAUUUGCAUUUGACCAAACUUACUGUUCUCUUUAUGUACUAAUGAAAGUAAUAUCAAGACAUGAACUAAAUUGAUAUUUUAUACAUAUUUAACAUUGCUCCGAGGUUCACCUGAUUAAUGUAGUGGCUUAGGUUACUGAAAUUUCUCAGUUUAACUUGCUUUCUUCCAAAAAUGCCAAAUGUUCCUUUGAUUUCCUCCAGGUUACCUACGGCUAGGCUGUAUCGCCAGGGACAGGGGACAGAUUUAUGAAGCCUCCGAUUGGUUCAAGGAAGCACUUCAAAUUAACCAGGUUUGGAAUCCGCCAAAGAAAAUCUACAACAAAACAUUGACAUGUAUUUUGUGUGUUAUCGUUAUAAGCAUUUAAUGAAUAUGUUAUUUAAGAUACUUUUUUUUCAACUAAUAGUUUUUUCUGUUAUAUUUGAAAGGAUCAUCCUGACGCUUGGUCCUUGAUGGGAAAUCUCCAUCUUGCAAAGCAGGAGUGGGGUCCAGGGCAGAAAAAGUUUGAAAGAAUUCUUCAGCGCCAGGCAACCAAAGAUGAUGCCUAUUCACUGAUUGCAUUGGGGAAUGUCUGGCUUCAAACACUCCACCAACCAAUGAGAGAUAGGGAUAAGGUCAAUGACAAUUAGUGAACACUGAUCCAUAGCUAAGCAAUUAGUGAACUCUGUAACAGAGCCAAACAAUUAGUGAAUUCUGAUAGAAGUUUAGUAGAAAUUCAUCUAGCAUCUCACUUACCUCUGUACUCAAAGUGUCAUCUUCUGUUCCUUAGGAGAAAAGACAUCAAGACAGAGCAUUAGCCAUGUACAAGCAAGUUCUGAGGAAUGAUCCUAGAAAUAUCUGGGCAGCUAAUGGUAUAGGUAAGUUCACAUUUUGAAAGCUCAAGGCAUAUAAAAUUAGGAGUUAGAAAUGUACAGGACAGGAACAUUGAACAUAUUCAAAGUUUUAAUGACACGUCUAGCUUUAAAUGCUGUCUGCAAAACGAGAGAGAUUAACAUUUUUCUUUCAAUGACGGUGAUUUAACAUCAAAAUAGCAAAUUAGGUGAGGUGCGGGGGAGAAAUCAUCGAAAAAAUAUAUAUUUUUUUUAUUGCUACUGGAUUUUGAUAUAAUAGGUUUCUAAAGCCAUUUUUUUGUUUAAAUAACUUUAAAAAUAAAAAAUUUAUUAAAAGUUGUUAGUAUUGUAAAAUGUUAUUUUGCUAACCCUCUAAAUGGGUAUAAAAACAUUAUGGACCAAAUAAACAGAGUUUUUACUGAUUUGUUUCGUGUACUUAGAAUCACCAAACCACCUCAUAUUUGGCACCGGUAUUAACAAAAAGCUUGACUUCAACAAAUAUAGCUUUCUGCCAUUACAAAAGUUUCUGAAUCCUUCAAUCAGUGUUGAAUCAUGUUAAAAAAGGGUGUUUUCCUGACCUACUUAUGGGGUUUACUCAUUUCAUAUACAUCAACCUUGAACUUUGAAUAAAGCAAGCAUUUUGAUUGAUUACAACUGUGGAAAGUCCCAAUAGUUCUACUGCCAUGAGUUCCAUUUAGAUCCCUAGUAAUACUAUCACUUCACAAUUACAUGCUGAUGGAGCAGCUAAAAUAAUAAUUUAUUCAGGGUAAAAAAAGUGCUCGCACUUAACAUUUUAAUUUUCUAUUCUUGAGAGUGAUUUGUGCAAAUGCAAAAGUUUAUUAAAAUGGUCAAGUACAAAUAAGUAAUCUAAUUUUUUACUGCUAUUUUCUAUUCAUUUUGUCUUUUAUUUUCAUUUUUCCUUUUUAGUGUUUUUUGUCAUCUAAAUGCUUAUAACUUUUUAAAUUCUGAACCAAAUUACACCAUAUUUUCUCAGAAUGUUCUUUCAACAUAAAUAAAGAUUUGAGUAAUCUAACUUUUUGCUCAAAUUUCAAUUUUUAACACAAGUACCUCUAUAGCAAAAUCCUGUUACUUAAAGUUUUAGAACAUGUCAAAAAUUGAAGUAAUUUUUAUUUACAUUCUCAGGCAAUAAUUUAAAUGAUGAAAGCUGCCAGUAUGGAUAGUCAUAACUUUAAAUUCAAAAAAGCUUUAGGCAUUUGAAAUUAACACCAAAAAAAUCCAAAAUGGCAGAUGUUUCUGAGUUACCAUGGAAACCAAAGUCAUUUUUUAUUAUCUUUCUCUUGUUUUUACAUCUAUUGUUGGAACUAACAUAAAUAUUUUAAUAAUUUAAAAUGAUACAGGAAGCCAAAUAAAAAAUGUAGAUUUUUCACCUGCAUCUCCCCGAAAAUUAAUUGUUUUAAACAAAAUAGCAUCGCUAUUGAUCAACUAAAUUAAUUGUUUUAAACAAAAUAGCAUCGCUAUUGAUCAACUAAAUUAAUUGUUUUAAACAAAAUAGCAUCGCUAUUGAUCAACUAAAUAUUGUUUUAAACAAAAUAGCAUCGCUAUUGAUCAACUAAAUUAAUUGUUUUAAACAAAAUAGCAUCGCUAUUGAUCAACUAAAUUAAUUGUUUUAAACAAAAUAGCAUCGCUAUUGAUCAACUAAAUGAAUUGUUUUAAACAAAAUAGCAUCGCUAUUGAUCAACUAAAUGAAUUGUUUUAAACAAAAUAGCAUAGCUAUUGAUCAACUAAAUUAAUUGUUUUAAACAAAAUAGCAUCGCUAUUGAUCAACUAAAUUAAUUGUUUUAAACAAAAUAGCAUCGCUAUUGAUCAACUAAAUUAAUUGUUUUAAACAAAAUAGCAUCGCUAUUGAUCAACUAAAUUUAUUGUUUUAAACAAAAUAGCAUCGCUAUUGAUCAACUAAAUUAAUUGUUUUAAACAAAAUAGCAUCGCUAUUGAUCAACUAAAUUAAUUGUUUUAAACAAAAUAGCAUCGCUAUUGAUCAACUAAAUUAAUUGUUUUAAACAAAAUAGCAUCGCUAUUGAUCAACUAAAUUAAUUGUUUUAGACAAAAUAGCAUCGCUAUUGAUCAACUAAAUUAAUUGUUUGAAACAAAAUAGCAUCGCUAUUGAUCAACUAAAUUAAUUGUUUUAAACAAAAUAGCAUCGCUAUUGAUCAACUAAAUUAAUUGUUUUAAACAAAAUAGCAUAGCUAUUGAUCAACUAAAUGAAUUGUUUUAAACAAAAUAGCAUCGCUAUUGAUCAACUAAAUUAAUUGUUUUAAACAAAAUAGCAUAGCUAUUGAUCAACUAAAUGAAUUGUUUUAAACAAAAUAGCAUAGCUAUUGAUCAACUAAAUGAAUUGUUUUAAACAAAAUAGCAUCGCUAUUGAUCAACUAAAUUAAUUGUUUUAAACAAAAUAGCAUAGCUAUUGAUCAACUAAAUGAAUUGUUUUAAACAAAAUAGCAUAGCUAUUGAUCAACUAAAUUAAUUGUUUUAAACAAAAUAGCAUCGCUAUUUGAUCAACUAUAUAAAUUGUAAAAUUUUAAAAAAUUAAGAUGGUUAAUAGGAGCAAAUAUAAAAUAAAGGACUUAAGUAAUGCACAAUUAGUCUUAUAAGUAGGAUACAUUGAUCCAUGUGAUAUGAAAGCUAAUAAUUGUUUAUAACACUUCUCCCUUUUAUAUAAUUUUUUUCCCCUUCUUUCUAAAAUUUCACCCAUCCUUCCUUUGCUGUUUCCUAAUUGUAAAUUUGUGUUCUUCAACUUCCAAAUUUUCAAAAGCAAACGUGCUGUGGUGUCAACCCUUUUUUUUAAAGUAACUUUGAUAUGUAUCACUAAAAUAACCAAUAAUAAAGGAAAAUAAAUCCAGUUACUCAUAUAAGUAUAUACAUUUUGAGAGUAAUUUGGACAAGGAAUCAUAUGGUAUGAAUGUUGGCAUUCUGUGCGCUAUGUGAAAUGAAUAUGACCUUGACCUUUCAACAGUCCAUACAUUUGUGCUACUGCUUAUCUUUCCUCAACUCACACCAACACAGACUUUUGGGUCUCUCUUAUCAUCUACAUAUGUUUUUCCCACACAAACCAUCAUUCUUUCAGUUUAGAAAAUAUAAACUUAUUUGGCUUUAGAGAAAUGUAAAAAAAUAAAAAUUCAUUGAUGACCAUCAUAUAACUUUAUAUAAUGGCUACUAAAUUCAUUAGUACCUUAUUUUCCAUUACUUCCAUUAUUAAAAUUUAAACUGCUACUAUUGCUAGGUCCACUAUUGUAACUAUCUUCAAGAUCAGUUUCAUUAAGGAAUAUUUAAAAUAAAUUAGGCUUUUGUCUAGCAGGGCCAUUAUCUGAGUUCUACAAUUUAGUUUUAACACAAAAAAAAAUUUCAGCACAACUCAAAAUGUAAAAAUUAAAUAUUUGCCUUAGUUUUCUAUAAAAAGGAAGUAAAUCUAAACUAUUAGAGUUAUCCCCCUUUAAAAAUAAAAUGAAAGUAAAACUUCUAAUUUGCAUUUAUAAUUUUAAUUUUAGUAGAGGCCGUUUUUAUCGGCCAUAACAUCACAGAAGCAUUAUUAACACCCGAUGAUCAUCUGUUAUGACAGUUCUUUGGUAAUCGGAAAAAAACUAUACCUUUGUUUUGUGACCAGGCUGCGUGUUAGCUCACAAAGGUUGUAUCAAUGAGAGCAGAGAUGUUUUCGCCCAGGUGCGUGAAGCCACUGCAGACUUCUGUGAUGUCUGGCUGAACAUAGCUCACAUUUAUGUGGAACAGAGGCAAUAUGUGGCUGCUGUACAAAUGGUAACACAUUCAUAUUCAGUGAUAAUUUGUUUCGCCACACAAUGGCUAAAUACUGCAAAGUGAAAGCUGCUAAUACUAAUUUUGAGCAGUGUUACUUUGUGUUCAGUGACUGGAUUAUAUUAUGAUCUGUUGUGUGUUCAGUGACUGGAUUAUCUUAUGAUCUGUUGUGUGUUCAGUGACUGGAUUAUCUUAUUAUAUGUUGUGUGUUGAGUGACUGGAUUAUCUUAUGAUAUGUUGUUUGUUGAGUGACUGGAUUAUCUUAUUAUAUUUUGUGUGUUGAGUGACUGGAUUAUCUUAUGAUCUGUUGUGUGUUGAGUGACUGGAUUAUCUUAUUAUAUGUUGUGUGUUGAGUGACUGGAUUAUCUUAUCUAUUGUGUGUUCAGUGACUGGAUUAUCUUAUGAUCUGUUGUGUGUUGAGUGACUGGAUUAUCCUAUGAUAUGUUGUGUGUUCAGUGACUGGAUUAUUUCAUAUCUUUGCUGUCACAUUUAAUCUCUGUCUUAUUUGACUUUACAGUAUGAAAACUGUUUAAAGAAAUUUUUCAAAAGCCAUAACAUUGAAGUUAUGAUGUACCUGGCCAGGGCAUAUUUCAAGUGUGGCAAGCUGGCAGAGUGUAAACAGACUUUGCUAAAGGUUAGUCAGUGUGUGUGCAUAUCGCAAAGGAUGAGUUAAAAAAAUAUUUAUUUUAAUUUUUGCUGACUGCUGCGUCAAAAAUAAAAACAGAACAAUUUGAAAGAAAAUAAAUUAUUUAAUACACAUAAAUAUAAAUUAGACAUCAAAAUAAAUGCUAUUUAAAUUGGGUAGCUUUUUUAUUUACAAUGAUGCUUUCAAUAAAAGUAUUGUAUUUUUCUUUUUGUUUCAGGCCCGUCAUGUUGCCCCUAAUGAUACUGUCCUCCUGUAUAACAUAGCCCUGGUCCAACAGAAACUGGCCACCAUGAUACUCAAGGAUGAGAAGAGUAACUUAAAGAAGGUCCUCAUAGCUGUCAAAGAUUUGGAGUUGGCUCACAGGUGAAGCUUGAUAGUGUUGCCUUGACAGGUGAAGUAUGGCUUGGGUACAAGACAAGAGACUUGUCAAAAAUGGAAGGACUAGAUGAAGGGCCGACUUUGCAGUAGUUCGGAAUAAACAAUUGGUUACCUUGUUAUUGGGAAGGCUCCAGGGAUUGGCAGCAUUCCUGGGGAAGUCCUCAAAAGUGAAAGACCAAUACUAAUUCAGCCCUAUUAAAUCUAAUAGAAUUAUCCAUGCUAUUAUAUCUAAUAGAGUUAUCCAUGUCCUUAUAUGAAGUUGAGUCAUCCAUGCCAUUAAGUCUAGUGGAGUUAUUCAUGUUGACAAAAUCUUUCUCGUCCAGAUAUUUCACCUACUUGGGUCAGCACGGAGACCGGAUGAAGUUUGACUUGGCUCAAGCAGCAGCGGAAGCACAGUAAGACACUGCGGAAAUUGAUCUUCUGUAGCCCUGUUUCAUUCUUCUUCUGGGUCUGCCUUGUUACAUCUCAAAUGGGCUAGCUAAAAAAAUGUUUAUUUUGCUCUUUGGGCUUGAAACUAUUCCUGAAAUAAAUGCAUAAAGGUUGUUUAAAAUAGAAUUGUUGCCCUUUGAUGAAAAGAUUAUGUUGUGACCCUAUCAACUCUUUAGGCAGUGUUCUGACUUGUUGAGUCAAGCUCAGUAUCAUGUGGCCAGGGCGAGGAAAAUUGAUGAGGAGGAGAAGGAAAUCAGAAAGAGGCAGGAGGAGGAGAUGGAGGCCAUCAAACAGAAGCAGCUGAGUGAACAGGUAAAUGGGACUGUGGGCUGAGUGAACAGGUAAAUGGGACUGUGGACUGAGUGAACAGGUAAAUGGGACUGUGGACUGACUGAACAGGUAAAUGGGACUGUGGACUGAGUGAACAGGUAAAUGGGACUGUGGACUGACUGAACAGGUAAAUGGGACUGUGGACUGAGUGAACAGGUAAAUGGGACUGUGUACUGAGUGAACAGGUAAAUGGGACUGUGGACUGAGUGAACAGGUAAAUGGGACUGUCAGCUGAGUGAACAGGUAAAUGGGACUGUGGACUGAGUGAACAGUUAUAUGGGACUGUCAGAUAAGUGAACAGGUAAAUGGGACUGUGGACUGAGUGAACAGGUAAAUGGGGCUAUCAGCUGAGUGAACAGGUAAAUGGGGCUAUCAGCUGAGUGAACAGGUAAAUGGGACAGUCAGCUAAGUGAACUGGUAAAUGGGACUGUGGGCUGAGUGAACAGGUAAAUGGGACUGUGGGCUGAGUGAACAGGUAAAUGGGACAGUCAGCUAAGUGAACAGGUAAAUGGGACAGUCAGCUAAGUGACCGGUAAAUGGGACAGUCAGCUAAGUGAACAGGUAAAUGGGACUGUGGGCUGAGUGAACAGGUAAAUGGGACUGUGGGCUUGGUUUGCAAGUUAACUGUUUUAGGGCUAGUGGCCAUUGUGAUUAUUGUUACAAGCUUUCCUAUUAAAAGGUAGUCUGUGCUUCCAAAUGUUACAUCUCUUUUCUUAAGGCCCAUCUGUGUCCAAUCUUACGAUUGUUAUACUCAUUACUAGCACUGUUGUCUAACUUUACUGCCACACAGCCAUUCUUGGUCCAUAUUUAAGAUCAGCAACCAAGUUCAUUGACAGAAGAUAGAACAAUGACAGGAACUUCAGGUUCAAAAAACUUUCUGUAUUCUGACAACACUAGCAUUUGCACUAUCAAGCUAUCUCUCCGCUGACUUUAUUGUGACAACACUAGCACUUGCACUAUCAUGCUAUCUCUCCGCUGACUCUCUAAAACAUCAAUGAACACCGCCUUUUAUAACUCUACACAAGAAACACUCAGCAUACACUAACUCAACAUGGCCAACCAACUUCACACUCUGACCUCACAACCUACUACUCACAAUACACCAAACAUUCACGCCCCUAAAGCUAUCUCACAACAAUUAUGCUGCUUUCUUAGCCAAAUGUGUCCAAAUGGUAACUCAAGUUGAAAAGAUGGUUGUUCUUAGCCAAAUGUGUCCAAAUGGCACCGUAACUCAAGUUGAAAAGCUGGUUGUGGCCUGAAAGGAAAUAAACGUCAAGGUUUGGUCAGAGUCAAAACUUGUUUCAUUUUUAAAAAAGGAUUUUCUCUGAACUUACACGAUUCAAUUCCUUUAUUUGUUGACAGCUCGAAAAGCUGAAGCAGAAAGAAGAGUUGGAGAAGAAGAUGUUGGAACAGAGAGCGGUCUUUGUGGAGAAGGCCAAGAAGAUCAACCUAGAGCCAGAGCCAGAUGACAGACCUCGCAAAUCUGGUGGCAAGGUCAGUGCUCUUACUCAGUUUUACUUUUUUUCAUCCGUCCAUCACAAUGUGCCGGAUGGUGUAGACUCUGCUGGACCAAAUGACAAGGCCUGGGAGGAUAAGCUGGUUUCCUAGACAGCAAAUCACCUCUCUCCACGCAUCUGGAUCACCCAAUGGAACACCAUGUGUGGAAGAUAAAGCUCGGUACCUGUAGUGUCGCAGGAGUUGCUGGAAUUUUUAUUGUGUCAAUGUCAUGACUGCCUCGGGGACUCUAUCUCCCGGUUUCAAUUUAGAGUUUUUCUUCUCUUUGAUGUGUCCCAUCCACCUAGGGAGCUGCUGAUGUUUUUGCUUAGGCUGCUCUGUGUCCCAUCCACCUAGGGAGCUGGUGAUGUUUUUGCUUAGGCUGCUCGGCCACAUAUUAAGAUUGACACAAUUUCAUGGAAACUUGAUUGCUCCUGCAGUCUCAUUAUGUUUUUUUGUCUUAAAUCAAUUUUUAAUGUGUUUUUAGACUGCUGGUAGUUAAAGCUUUACUACAGUCCAACCCUUUUGUUAUUUGGUAAUUACACUAAAUUACAGCUACAGUGCCUAUUUGAUUUUUUAAGAUCCAUUUCUAAGUGGCAUGUAAAAACUAACCCAAGAACCUUUGUUGUCAUUAAAAGUAAAAAAAAACCCAUUACAUUGCCAUUUUGAUUUAUGAAGAAAUAAGAUGCAGAGGUUAACCUUGGAAAUAUAUUUCUAAAAAAUAAAUAAUGACACUUGUAUUUUGAUGGUCACACACGUAUGUGCCACUGACAGUGUCAGGGCUGUAUUUCAUGGUCACACAGGUAUGUACUACUGACAGUGUCAGUGCUGCAUUUCAUGGUCACACAGGUAUGUACUGCUGACUGUGUCAGUGCUGUAUUUCACUUCAAAUGUGUCAAAAAAGCUUUUUAAUAAAUUCUUGCAUGAUUUGACAGCGUUCUAAGAGAGCUGAAGAUGGAGAAAUUUUGUCUGAGGGAAGUGAAGAAGACAGACCAAAGAAGAAAAAGAAGAAGAGAUCUUCUAGUAUGUCAGGUGAUGAGGAGGAGGAUGGAGAGAAGAGGAAGAAAAAGAAGACCAAGAGAAGGCAAGUCUCUUACACAUUUACAGACCUGUUUACUCUUACUAUUUUGGGGUAAAAUGUAAGAUUUUUAGAUGUCUUUUGCGAUUGUACGCCAAGACCUGCCAAAACUACGAUUUUCAGAGACCUGGUGAAGCAAAUAUUUGGGUAAUUUUUUCCAAAAAAAAGAAAAUGAACUCAAUUUCUGAUGUUGAAGUUGUGGCCCCUUGUAAUAGAGAUCUGGCAGUGAAUGAACCGAGAAAAACGAUUGGUUGUAUUUUUUUUUAAAGUUUGGGCCAUCCUUCAUUAUAUUAUGUAUGCACUGAAAGAGGAGGUGGGGGGGGGGGUUGUUGAUUAAGGACAUUUGUGGCAUACGGGACGCAUCGGUAGCGGGGAUUGGUGGGAGUGUCAAAGGCUAUGAUAAAAAUAUCACCGCAACAUAUCGUAUUUAGAGAUCUGGCAGUGAAUGAACCGAGAAAAACGAUUGGUUGUAUUUUUUUUUAAAGUUUGGGCCAUCCUUCAUUAUAUUAUGUAUGCACUGAAAGAGGAGGUGGGGGGGGGGGGUUGUUGAUUAAGGACAUUUGUGGCAUACGGGACGCAUCGGUAGCGGGGAUUGGUGGGAGUGUCAAAGGCUAUGAUAAAAAUAUCACCGCAACAUAUCGUAUUGAUGGUGAUGGUUGUCAUAUUGUUUACUUUGUGUGUCUCAGUGAACUAGCUAGCUGCGUCAACAGUAAUAUUUAGACUAAGCGACGACUUCACUCGCCAUCCCCUUUGUCUCCUACCAAGUGCGUGACGUUGUUUUGUUACAUAAUUAUUUUGUUCGUCUGAACCGCGAUGAUUGUGAAACAGAGAAAACUAGAGAUGGUUUUUAAAAUAAAAUACAUUAUCCAACUGUUUUGCUUGGGAACGUUGGGUUUGGAUAUAUUUUAUAAGAUCUAGUCAGCUUUAUCCCCUCAACGAUUUUAAUACUACAUUUUUGUAUCACUACGUGCACUGUACAAUCUGCAAGUAAGACUUUUUAUCAGCAAUUAGAGACAAAAUGAGUUGUUUUGAAUUUGGAGAUUGUGUAUGGUGCGGGUCUAAAUAUUUAAAUCUAUACAAUCAAUUGGCACAUGUGCGUAAUGACAGUUGGGGGGAUGUUCCUCGGCAGAAAGUACACAUGUUAUUAAAAAGUUCUACAAUAUUCGUCCCGAACCUCUGAAAGUCCAAAAAUAGCAUUCUAUUUAUAUCUUGAAUGCUGUAAAAUACCACCCAAUAUUUAGUAGGAAUUAUCAUCGUGAUGUUGUCAAGAUGUAUUUUCACAAAUGAACCCGCUAGCUGUACUCAGUAGCAGAGAAAUUACAGUAAUAUUUAGUACACAUGUGAGGUAUAUUUCAGUGGGCUACGCCAGUGGUUCUAAAAUUUUUGUUUCCCGGCACCUAUGCCAUAUUAAGUUUUCACCACCUCCCUGUGUGAAAUUCUAACAAGUACACUUCGAAAUAGCAAAUUAAAAAAAUAAAAUAAAGGGAGGGUUGGAUAAAAAUAAAUAUAUCGUGUAUGUAGGUCACUAAACGCCAGAUGUAAAUGCAAACAGUAGUUACCUAAGUGGGUUGCUGUAGUGUUUGCACCACGACCAAAAGUGAAAAUAAAAUUAUGAAAAUUUUGUAAUAUUUCGCAAUGCCCUUGUCAGGAAGCCGGUAGUAAAAGGUAAAUUUAUUGCGUCCCUUGUCUAGGUGAAGUAAAUGGGAUUGUAUAGUUAAAUUCACUGUUAAGUUCCUUUCUAAAGACGAUUUUGGCACAUGUUGCUCUUUGCUACAUUCUCAUGGCCCUGCCCAAUGGCAACGAGCAUCCAGGGUAAUGCGGCAUAUAUUCUGGGAAUCACUGGACUUGCUGAAUCACCAGUGGUGAAAACCCAUUUCACAAUUUGUUGACUAUAACAUCAUGAUGUACAAUGGAUUGGGUUAUUUAAAAAAGGUAUUUUGUUUAUGGGUGUGUGUGAGUCCAAAAGCUCAUUGUGUAGUGUAUGUAAAAGGGGGGGGGGGCGUAAAAAAAAAGUGCCGGGAUGUGCUAUAUAGAUGGCCCCUCCGCGUGCCGGGAUGUGUUAUAUAGAUGGCCCCACCGUGUGCCGGGAUGUGCUAUAUAGAUGGCCCCUCCGUGUGCCGGGAUGUGCUGUAUAGAUGGCCCCUCCGCGUGCCGGGAUGUGCUGUAUAGAUGGCCCCUCCGCGUGCCGGGAUGUGCUGUAUAGAUGGCCCCUCCGCGUGCUGGGAUGUGCUGUAUAGAUGGCCCCUCCGCGUGCUGGGAUGUGCUAUAUAGAUGGCCCCUCCGCGUUCCGGGAUGUGCUAUAUAGAUGGCCCCUCUGCGUGCCGGGAUGUGCUAUAUAGAUGGCCCCUCCGCGUUCCGGGAUGUGCUAUAUAGAUGGCCCCUCUGCGUGCCGGGAUGUGCUAUAUAGAUGGCCCCUCCGCGUGCCGGGAUGUGCUAUAUAGAUGGCCCCUCCGUGUGCCGGGAUGUGCUAUAUAGAUGGCCCCUCCGCGUGCCGGGAUGUGCUAUAUAGAUGGCCCCUCCGCGUGCCGGGAUGUGCUGUAUAGAUGGCCCCUCCGCGUGCCGGGAUGUGCUGUAUAGAUGUCCCCUCCGCGUGCUGUGAUGUGCUGUAUAGAUGGCCCCUCCGCGUGCUGGGAUGUGCUAUAUAGAUGGCCCCUCCGCGUGCCGGGAUGUGCUAUAUAGAUGGCCCCUCUGCGUGCCGGGAUGUGCUAUAUAGAUGGCCCCUCCGCGUGCCGGGAUGUGCUAUAUAGAUGGCCCCUCCGCGUGUUGGUUUGCUUUGUAUGACCUAAUUUUAUGACAAAAUUAUUUCUUACGGCUGACCGUAAACUGCUUUUCCUGAAAAAAUGAAUCUCAAGUUACUUGGUAGUUUGUUUUUGUUAAUGACGCCCCAAUUUGUUACCGGGUAAUUAAUUCUUAUUUUAAUACAUUUUAUUUUAUGCUUAUCUGACUUUGAGUUUGAACCACGUUAAAUUUCACCAGUGACCUUAUUUUCACCAGUGACCUUAUUUUUACCAGUGACAGACUGGGAUAAUGUGAUAAGCACAUUCACAUAAAUAUUAAUUAUACUGAGGUCACUUUGCUUUGCAGACGUGUAUCUGCUAUAGAUAUCAGUUUGUGGUUAGCAUCAGUCAUCUACUGUUUACCUUCAGUGCCAUUUUUUGACGCCAGCUUAACUGGAUUCCCCUGAACACACUAUAGGAGUAGUUAUUGUAUACAUCAUAUAUGCUGUAUUUUUAUUUAUUUACUAUUAAGAUAACUGUACUGUACUAUUUUUGGAUUUUGAGGGUAAACAGGUCUGCAUUUACACUGGCAUAAACUGAUGUUUCACUCAAUAGAGUAGAUUUGAACUCAAUUACACUUAAAAUAAGUCCUGAUUUUCAAAAGAACUAAUAAGUACCUGAUAUGGCUAAGAGAACUCACUGAAUGGCUGCUAGUGAAAAAAAUUAUUACUAAUGUCUGUGCUGAAAAUGUACAACGCAAUCAUAAAACAUUUCCAAUUAUUUGGAUCAAUAAAAGAAUCUUAUCUUAUCUUAUGGGAGUGAAGCACACAUAAUAAAUCUAAUAUAUAAUGGUCACCUCUAUUAGUUGAGUGUGACCAAUGAUUGUUUAACUUACUGUCUUGGCCAACAACUCUGUUCUGCAGGCAAAAGAAAGAUGAUUUUGUCAAUGACAGUGAUGAUGAAAAUGAUGACAGAGAUCGAAAGCGUCGGAGGAAAGGUAGAGGAAGGGAAGGCAAGGGAGACAAAAAGAAAAAGCAGAAAGAUGACGACGAUGGUCUCACAGCCAAGCAGAGAAGGAAGAUUGUUUCAAAGGCUGUCAUUUCUUCCAGUGAAGGCUCCGACUCCGACACCAGGAAAAAGAGAAUGGAAAGGUUAGUAAAUAUAAGGCAUUGGUUACCUAUCAGACUGUAACUUCUAAGUGCCAUUAUUAUUUCAGAUACUUUGUUCACAAUGAGAAUAGAGAACCAACAGUCGCAGAGUUGGGGGUUAGGUUAUAAAAAUAUCUGAAACCCUUGUUUCAAAUCUUCAAACAUUUUAUGUGGAAAGACUUGGGUACAUUUUUUGAACAAUCAUUUCAUUUUCAUUGAUUGAAUAUGAAGCCACUGGACCAAUCCAGAGAGUUUGAGAAGCUGUUUUUUAAGUAGUUACUAGAGCAGUCAUACAUGAUUGUGUAAAUACAGAGUUGCUAUUGAUCAGCCCUUGGAAUAUCUCUUUGACUUGAAAACUAAGCCAUUGCAAUAUAUUGAUUAAAUGUCAUAUAGCAGUCAUUACUUGUUUAACCCUCAAACUGUGAUCGGCCGAUAUUCUCGUUCUGUGCUGUGGCGGCUGAAAAAAUCGGCCGAUAAAAAACACUGCCCAAUAGCAACUUCCAAUCCAAUAUUUAACUGAAAUCAUAGCCACUUCCUUUUAUUAAUAAUUAAAUCAACUUCCUGGUCAAGCUGUUUCUUGAUAACUUAAUAAGUAAUUUUUAAUUGGAAUUUUUUUUAUUGUCUUUUUUUUUUUUUUAAAGCUAAAAUGGCGGAUGCUAUGGGCGGGACCUUCAGUACGAGAAUUCAUAUAAAUAUUUUUAAAGCUUUUUAGGAGAGGAUUUAAGUGCUACUAAUGAUGAUUUUUUUAUUAAUAAUUAAAUCAACUUCCUGGUCAAGCUUUUUCUUGAUAACUUAAUAAGUAAUUUUUAAUUGGAAUUUUUUUUAUUGUCUCUUUUUUUUUUUUAAAGCUAAAAUGGCGGAUGCUAUGGGCGGGACCUUCAGUACGAGAAGUAAUAUAAAUAUUUUUAAAGCUUUUUAGGAGAGGAUUUAAGUGCUACUGAUGAUGAUUUUUACAUUACCCAUGACAUCUCUCUUCAGAUUCUUCUUUUCAUGAAUCUGAUACUAGUCUUAGUGAUACUGAAGUAGGCCUACUAAGGCUACUAUUAGACUUCGACCCAGGCCAGGAGGUUGGGCAAGGACUGACAGAAUUUUAGUCACAGAAGCUACAGAUUAUAGAUCAGAACUAAUACUUUGUACUUGGUUUUAGCUGUGGUCCCAGUUUCUUAUAUAAAUGACCUAAAAUUACUAAAAUUGCUUUCAGAGGUUUAAUUGUAAUCAAAACCUCAGCAAACUAUACAUUUUCUGAAAGAUAAAUGAAUUGGCUACAUUUAGAUUUGUGUUUUAAGUGUAUCUAUAAAAAUUAAUGAUGUUAUGAGCACUUGAAAGCAAGACAUUUUGUCGAUUUUUUUUCCUUGAGCACGCCAAGGUCAAGGACACUGAGCAAAAUUUUUUUUACGGGGUGGGCAAUAUAGCCAACUUUAUCCCCAUCCAUCUUUCUAAAAAUAUAUCAUUAUUGGGGUCUUGUAUUAAUAUUUCUAUGUCAUUUAAUGCAAUUUCAAAAGGCACUCAAAAAGCUCUGAAAAGCUGCACACCACAGAAUGAUGCAUGCCACUCGAGGGUUAAAAUAAUGGCCAUACAUUUUCUUUUUUACAUUUUCAGCAGCAGCGGUAGUGAGAAUGAAAGCAAUGUACCAAAACGGAAACGUAAAAGGAUUCUGGGAAGUGACAGUGAGGAUGGGAGCAAGAAAUCCGGUUCUGGCAGAAGUAGGUCAAGAUCCAGGUCAAAGUCCAAGUCAGGAUCAGACAGGAGUAGGUCAAGGUCAAAAUCAGGCUCAGAGCGGAAAUCAAGAUCAAGGUCUGGCUCCAGAUCGAGGUCUCGCUCUAAAUCUGGAAGUGUCAAGUCAAGAUCUAGAAGUGGCUCGAGGUCAGGAGGUGAAGGUAACAAGUCAGGAUCUGAGGCAAGGUCACCACAAAAAUCCAAUGCGGGAUCGGAUGGCGAAAGAAGCGACAGAGGGGAGAAGUCCGGCAGUGAAAAGGGAAGUCAUAAAUCUGGCAGUGAUGCUUCAGGAAAUGAAGGAGGUAAAUUAUCAGACACUGGACACAAGAGCAAUGCAGGAUCUGAUAGUGACUAAAAAUUACUUUGUUUUGACACAUUAUUUUCUAAUAAACAAUCAAUACAAUUUUCUUGGAGACUCUGAAUCUAUAUUUAUAAGCUGAAAACACCCUGAGAUUAUUUUAAUGUUUAUGUAAUACACCUAAUACACCAUUAUGUAGUGUUUUCUUUUAUAUCAUCAAUACACCUGCAAAACAGGCAUUUCAAGGGGAACACAACAUGAGCAACACAAUCAACUGAUAGAACCAUUUUUAUUGUCAACAAGAAGAAAAAAAAAAAACUGCCAAAAGUCAGUAGUUUAUGAAGCAAUUCUUAGGGCAAGAGUCUGGAUAAGUGGGAGACUGCAUCGCAUUCCAACCUCUUUGACUACUGUGAUGUACAGUUACUUUAAAAUUUGAAUUGACCCAUACAACACAAAGCAAGUGCCUACACAACUUUGGAUCUCAACAAAUUUUACUGUUUCACAUUACCUGGCUUUUCUUGUAAUAUGGGGAAGACCGCGUUCAGGUUGAAGCAAUAAUAAUAUAUGGGGAAAACCUAAGGACAUACGAAACAAAACGCAGAUGUUUCGGCUGAAAAAGAAAUGGCGCAAGAACAAAAGAGAGGAAAAAUAACUUUUCUGAGACGAUCAGAAAGAGUGAGUUGGAAAGGAAAUCAUUUUUAAUUACGGUAGGUAAAAGGUUUAAAUAAAUUUUUAAAACCAAAUACAUAACAACAAUAAGCUGAGGACUGCGUACCUUUUGAAAGGAUGAGGGAUAUGAGACAGAUUUUCAGAUUUUAUGAGAUGCUUAAGUUUACUAAAAUAUUAAAUUUCUUUUACUUCUUUCAUCUGUAAAAAUAUUUUUUUACCUUUUUGUCUGCUGAUAAAGGCUUUAAGCACAUACCUGGUUUUGUCUCAAUUCAACCUUUAACCUUAUGUUAUUCAAGGUUAGAUGCAACAAAGACAAGCUAUUUUUAUUGUUCUCUUAGAGGCAACAGCAUUUUUAUAAUUUUUCAAUGUACAUUUUAGCCCCACUAUAAUGUUACUUCCGAUAUGACUUAGUCAUGGCACAGUGCCCAAAAUUUCAUUUAUUAAUUUUCACAUGAUCUAAACCCACUAGAGAUGUUAUAUGGUUUUUUGAGAUGAAUUAUUGUGUUAGAGCAGUGUUCUACUAUAUUGGCUUUCAAGCUGGGCAGAUCAUAAAUAAUGUCUCUUAGUCUUAGAGACAUACAUAACAGAAGCUAGGCAUUCAUUAAUGCUUGUGGAAGAAUAAAAUUAGAAGCAAAUGUUCCAUUAAUUUGUACACUAUCAUGACACUGUUAAAUAAUUACAGCUUAAAAAUAUUUUUUUAAAAACCUUUUUAAGUGUUUUAACAUUUACUUUAAGAAAUAUACCAGCAUAUUUAAGUGUAGACAAGUAAGUGGUUAAAAUUCAAUAAACAAUAUUUUAGCUAAAAAUUGGUAAAAAAAAAAACCAUGUCAAAUAUAGGGAAAAGCAAAACUAUAAAAUGGCGCUGCUUGAAAUUAAGUCUACAAGUAAAGAAAUGAUGCUACCGGUGCAUCUAAUUUGAAACAAAAUGAGAAAAGUCCUCUUAUCCAAGCAGAUACAUGGAGAGGUGCCGUUAUAGCUAAUCGGCAUUCAGAAUGCACAAACAAAAUAACUUGUUUGAAAAAGAAAUGAAAUAAUUAUUCACUUAGGGCACUAGUGGACUCAAUGAAACCUGGAUAUUGCAUGUUUUGUUAAGGAAAAAAAAGUCCAUUUGACACUAAAAGGUGCAGUCAAAAAUAAAGUGCAUGAUUUAGAAAAAAAUAGAGAUUUGAUUGCAUCCAGGACAAAGGUAUAAGAUAGUCAAGUCAAUAUGCACCACUCAAACUAUGUACAAGUAUUUUACACUUGAAUUAUUCACCACAUGAUGAUCCCAGGAGCUUAUUAUUAUGUACAACAGUAGAUCCGCUGGUGCCAAUGUACAAAACAAUAGAUCUGAUUACCACAAAUAUUAAAAAUAACUAAAUAGGCUAAAAGAUAAGAUUCUCCAUAUGGCACAACUACCAUUUCACAUUGAGAGUGGCAAAGUACAGAUAUUACUCUGGAGUAAUCUAUAUCAUAUUUAGAUAAAUUUUCAAGCUUGACUGGCACUCUAAGUAACAUACCUAUAAAUAGAACAAUGAGACAAAUUUCGCAAGAAGAUCAAAAAGGAAUAAAAUUGAAAUUUAUAUUGUACUAUUUGUACCGAAGUUCUAAAAGACUUAACACUGUAGCCCCAAUUAAUUGACGCAAGAUAAGCAGUGGGUUACUUGUACUCUAUAGCCCCAAUUAAUGGACACAAGAUAAGCAGUGAGUUACUUGAACGCUAUAGCCUCAAUUAAUGGACACAUGAUAAGCAGUGGGUUACUUGAACGCUAUAGCCUCAAUUAAUGGACACAUGAUAAGCAGUGGGUUACUUUAACACUGCCUGAUAUAAAUUGAAAUGUGGAGCAAAAUUAAACAGACACUUGAAAUACUUUUGAUAUUUUACUUUAAGAUCUAAGUUUGUCUCUCCAUACCUUGUCCACAUUAUACCUAACAAGGUCACCCAGUGGUGCCCAGUACACUUAUAUUUCUAAAAAUUGAAGUCACACUUUCUUUAAAUUGUCACUUUAAAACGGGG